AUACAACACACUUCCAACUCUUUUCAUUUCUUCUUUCAUUUCUCGGCCUAAACUGCUGCCAUAACUCUCUCCUUUCACUCUCUUCAAUAUGUCAAACACUUCACCAAACAUCACCAAUGAAGAGCUCUGGGUUUCUAAUACCGAGCUCAAAGCCCAAGUAGAGUACUUGGCAAAACAGGUUGCUCAACUCACUAAGUUAAAAAUGAACUUGGUGAACGCUCUGGAAGAAAGUGAUGAAGAAAAGGAAGAAGCUCAACUAGAAGCUGAUUUUAGUCACACUACUAGAGGAACUGCACAAGAAAAUGGAGCUACUGAUUUUAAGGUUGACAUACCAACCUUUGAAGGAAAGAAUGAUCCGGACGACUUUCUAGAGUGGCUGGAAAUAGUUGAGCGUGUCUUUGAUUUCAAGGAUGUGCCCGAAGAUAAGAAAGUCAAGAUUGUGGCGUUGAAGUUCCGAAAGUAUGUGUCCACUUGGUGGUUCAAUCUUUCCACCAAAAGAAGGCGUGAAAACAAGGCUCCGGUGAAAACUUGGUUCAAAAUGCGGAGCUUGUUGAAGAAGAAGUUCUUGCCCAAACAAUACGUACGAGACAACUUUGCUAAGCUUCAACACUUAAGGCAAGACAAUCACUUCACAACUUGGGACCAGCUUCACGGUGAAUUUCUAAAGCGAUUCUUUCCGCCUUCCAAAACCGCAAAGAUCAGGAGAAUGAUCCAAAAUUUCAAGAAAAAUCCAAACGAGCCCCUUUACGAGGCUUGGGAAAGAUUCAAAGAUCUCCAAAGGCAAUGCCCACAUCACAAUAUCCAAAGCUGGCACUUAAUGACGGCUUUCUAUGAAGGCCUGAAUGAAAACUCACGGAUAUUGUUGGAUGCCUCGGCGGGUGGAUCAUUCAUGAGCCUUGAACUUGACGAAGCUGAAGAACUCAUUGAGCGGAUUUCAACAAACGGAUCUACCUGGUACUCUGACCGUCCAUCCACUCAACCAAAAAUUGGAGGCAUGUACGAAGUUGAUCAAAUGUCGGCCAUGGCUGCUAAGGUCGAUAACAUGAUGAGCAUGAUCCAAAAGAUUGCUCAAGUCUCUGUUGUGCAAAACACUACGCCAGCACCGCCUCAUGUUCCUGUUCUCAUGUGUGUAUCCUGUGGUGGACAACAAGAUCAAUCUUCAUGUCCAUGGGAUGCAAUGGAGCAAGUUGAUUAUGAAAACUACAACCGGCCGCAACAACAAAAUCCAUUUGGUGGAUUUAGUUCUCAAAACAGAAAUCAUCCUGGUUUCUCUUGGAGCAAUCCAAGUGGAGCUGCCAAUCCACCAGCUUAUCAAAGUUCACCACCCGGCUUUCAAAAUAAACAACAACAACAAUUUAGAGGUGGCCAAGGUUUUGCUAACAAUCAACAAUUUAAGCAAAACCAAAGCUUCCCAUAUGUUCCCAAUCAACAAAAGCCGAUCCUGCCAACUCCUGAAACACCAUCGGUUCCCGGCUUGGAUAGCAUUGUUGAUCAACUCCUUAAAUCUCAACUAGCCCAGGCUGAAGCCUUGAAGAAGAUUUCUGAAGAGCUCACUCAACUUCGAGCUCAUAAUAGGAUGCUUGAAAAUCAAAUCUCUAGUCAAGCAUCAACAUCAUCAACAAAGGUGACCGGGAAAUUGCCAGCUUGUCCCGAGAAUCCAAGAGAGCAAAUGAAUGCUAUCACUACUCGGAGUGGGAAACAACUUCAAUCUCCAUCUCUUCUGAGUAGUGAUCCCGAAGAAAAAAGAGGAGAGGAUGCCAAAGAAGAAGCUUAGAACAAAGUCAAAGGAGAUGCUGCUGAAAUGCUGCCGGAGUCAAUCCAGAUCAAAGAAGGAAAGAAAAAAGAAGAAGAAGGUUUGGUAAGGAAAUAUACUCCACUAAUUCCUUUUCCAAACCGACUCAAGAAAUCACAUAUUGAGGA